UCUGCCAGUCGCUGGAGGACAGAGUGGGAACGGGAAUAAGCAGAGUUCGGAGGCUAGGACAAAGAAGUUAAAGAGCGCCUAACAUAUACAUGUUUUUGAAGGCGGGCAGAGGGAAAAAAGUCCCCCCAGUGAGGGCCUGUGAGUCUGUGUAGUUCUGAUGGAGACCCCUUUGAGCAAGAGGAACCCGCCAGCGCUGAGAUUAGCGGAUUUGGCAACAGCUCAGGCCAGGCCACUUCAGAAUAUCACAGGCUUCCCGGCGCUGGCCAGCGCGGCCGCCCACUCCCAACUCCGCGCCGCAGCCGCGCACCUCCGCCCUCGGGACCUGGGCGCUGACCCCGGCGUGGCCAUCACUCCGCUCGGACCCGAGCACAUGGCCCAGGCGAGCGCGUUCGGCCUCAGCCCUCCCUCCCAGGCGCUCCCGGCACAGCCCGAGGCCCCAGCGGCCGCCGCCCGCGCUGCAGCCUCGGUCUCGCACCCGGGCGCCGGCACCUACCCUGGCGGCGGGGGCAGCGGUAGCGUGCAGUCCUCCGCGCCCGCGCCCCCGCCCCCAGCCCCUCCUCUUCCUCCCUCCCUUUCACCCCCUCCCCCUCCUCUUGGCCUCUCGGGCUACACCACCACCAACAGUGGCGGCGGCGGCAGCAGCGGCAAAGGCCACAGCAGGGACUUCGUCCUCCGGAGGGACCUUUCCGCCACGGCCCCCGCGGCGGCCAUGCACGGGGCCCCGCUCGGAGGGGAGCAGCGGUCCGGCACCGGCUCCCCCCAGCACUCGGCCCCGCCUCCCCACUCGGCCGGCAUGUUCAUCUCGGCCAGCGGCACCUACGCUGGCCCGGACGGCAGCGGCGGCGGGGGCCCGGCGCUCUUUCCCUCGCUGCACGACACGCCGGGAGGCCCCGGCGGCCACCCGCACCCGCUCAACGGCCAGAUGCGCCUGGGGCUGGCGGCAGCGGCGGCAGCCGCGGCGGCUGAACUGUACGGCCGCGGGGAGCCGCCCUUCGCGCCGCGCUCGGGGGAUGCGCACUACGGUGCGGUGGCGGCCGCUGCAGCCGCCGCCCUGCAUGGCUACGGAGCCGUGAACUUAAAUCUGAACCUGGCGGCGGCGGCUGCUGCCGCGGCGGCCGGACCCGGGCCCCACCUGCAACACCACGCGCCGCCCCCGGCGCCGCCACCGCCGCCCGCGCCCGCGCAGCACCCGCACCAGCACCACCCCCACCUCCCAGGGGCGGCCGGGGCCUUCCUGCGCUACAUGCGGCAGCCAAUCAAGCAGGAGCUCAUCUGCAAGUGGAUCGACCCCGAGGAGCUGGCCGGGCCGCCGCCGCCCCCGCCCCCGGCCGGCGGCGCCAAGCCCUGCUCCAAAACUUUCGGCACCAUGCACGAGCUGGUGAACCACGUCACGGUGGAGCACGUGGGCGGCCCCGAGCAAAGCAGCCACGUCUGCUUCUGGGAGGACUGUCCGCGCGAGGGCAAGCCCUUCAAGGCCAAAUACAAGCUCAUCAACCACAUCCGCGUGCACACCGGCGAGAAGCCCUUUCCCUGCCCCUUCCCGGGCUGCGGCAAGGUCUUCGCGCGCUCCGAGAACCUCAAGAUCCACAAGCGCACUCAUACAGGAGAAAAGCCUUUCAAAUGUGAAUUUGAUGGCUGUGACAGGAAGUUUGCCAACAGCAGUGACCGAAAGAAACAUUCCCACGUCCACACCAGCGACAAGCCCUACUACUGCAAGAUCCGAGGCUGUGACAAAUCCUACACCCACCCGAGCUCACUGAGGAAGCACAUGAAGAUUCACUGCAAGUCCCCACCACCCUCUCCAGGACCCCUGGGCUACUCAUCGGUGGGGACUCCAGUGGGUGCCCCCUUGUCCCCUGUGCUGGACCCAACCAGGAGUCGCUCGAGCACUCUGUCCCCUCAGGUGACCAACCUCAAUGAGUGGUACGUUUGCCAGCCCAGUGGGGUCCCCAGUCACCUCCACACCCCUUCCAGCAGUGGAACCACUUCUGAGUCUGACGACGAGGAGAUGUACCGGAACUCUGAAGGCGUGCGGACCAUACAUUAGAUUUUAUUAGUAAUAAUAAUAAUAAGUACAACAAUGAGUGGGAGCCCUUGGACCGUAUCCUAACCUGAGACAAUGCCGAGGCUGAGACAAACUCGUGACUCAGACUUGCCACCGGGUCUAAUUAGCCCUAUUUAUUCAGUAUGAAACCCUAUGGUGUUUGUACAUUUAAUUAAUUUAAUUAAGAUAUUUGGUUUUUUUUUCCCCUUAGAAAACAAACAAACAAAAAAACCCAACCAAGCUGGACUUGUGUGUUGCAGGGGCACAGGACUGAGAGCAGGUUGUACCACAUGGAAAAUGAAUGGAGAGAUUAGUGAAUCGAGACACACACUGCCAAUGCCAUAUAUAUAGUUUUUACAAGGGUGAGAGAAAGAGCAUUAAGUCAGAACUCAACACAGCACCAAGGCCCUUUGCAUUUCCUGGAGUGCCUCACGAACGCCUUUGACACCUUCAUGGGCUUCUCUGGAGCCUCUCUGCCUCCUGCUUGGGCCCUAAUUCUGCAAAGGCCUCUUGAUUGUAAACCACACACGUGCUGCAUUGCCAACAGAUCUUGGACUGUACCUGUGUCCAAAAAUAUUUGUAAAAACCCUUUAAGUUCUAAUACUUGUAAUUUUUAAUUUCCACUCUUUUAUUACUGAUCUCACCUAACACAGUAUUUUUAUACAGGAUUACUUCUUCAGUACCCUGCUUGUAUGGUUUUUUUUUAAAAAAAGAUGCAGCAACCUAGUACAUCUCCAUAUAUUGUGCCACCGUGAUUGUUCCAGCAACAGUGGAGAGAAGAAAAAGCUGCUGCGGUAGACAACUGUGAAACUGUGAUAUUUUAUAAAGUAGAAGAAAUUCAAGUGCUUGCUUUUUCCUCUUUUUUUUUUCAUCUGGAAUCUCAGAGCCUGCCUCUUUACUCUGUCCAAACUUCUUGUGUAAUAAAGAGAUUAUGUUUUAGAUCAUAAGUUCUUUGGGAUGCCAAAAUUAACAGGCAAGUGUAAGGAGGUGUGAUGUUGGCAACAUGCCUAUUUUGGGGGGAAGGCUGUUGUUUUACAAACAGGGCAAUCCCUCUUUUAUACUGUUGUAUCGACCUUUUAAAACAUCUUUACUUUUCAGUGCUGGAAGUUGCAUUUUAAUGCAUUUUCUUCCACCUGAGCACUCGGAACUCUCCCACUUGCAAAUGACAAUGUAUGACCUACAUUAAAAGAGGAGAGGGAGUUGCUAUACAUAUUAAAAAUUUUAAAACGUUUAUAGUUACCACCAAACACUGAUGAAUGUGUGACCUUUGCCAGAGCUGUCAAGCUAGGACAAAAAAGGUCAAGGACCUAGGACAGUAACUCUUAGUUUAUUUUCGGUUGGUACAACAAAUCUCGUGUGCAAAACGUAGUCCAUCAUAAACAUGAUACAGAUAUACUAAAGAGCACUAAUUUAUCCUCAGAGACCCUGAAGACACCCCCUUCCCAGGGUUUGUAGAAAUUUGUUUUGUGUGCUGUGAGUGGUUGAUGUACUCUUGUUGUUAAUAACGUGUAUGUGAACACUAUUUGUACAGUUGAAUUAAUUUAUUUUCAGACAUCAUCCUUUUUUUUU